AUGCAGUGCUAUACGGAGCUGACGCCGCCGUCCGCCGUCACGCACUCGCUGACACUACCCUUUAUAUCGCCCAAAUCGAACAACCUCGUUGUCGCAAAGUCGUCGCUGCUGCAGAUAUUCGCAACCAGACUCGUCCCCGCCGAGCUCGACGGCACUUCUCAGGCUGCCAAGACCACGCAUAACUAUGACACCAAGCUCAACGAUGACGAAGGCCUUGAGGCUUCAUUUCUCGGUGGUGAUGCAGCUAUAAUACGAUCCGAUCGCAACCACACCAAGCUUGUCCUCGUCGCUGAGUUCCCACUCUCGGGUACCAUCACAGGCUUGGCCAGGGUCAAGGCGAACGCUGCAAAGAAUAGCAAUGAGAACAGUGCAUGCAGUAGCAGUAGCGGAGGCGAUUUUCUCUUGAUUGCUUUCAAGGAUGCCAAGCUCAGCCUCGUCGAGUGGGAUCCGGACCGGCGGUCUCUGGAGACGAUAUCCAUACACUACUAUGAACAAAACGAGCUUCAAAGUAGUCCGUGGGCAGCCCCGCUCAGCGACCACGUCAACUUUCUUGUUGCGGAUCCAGGGAGCAGGUGCGCUGCCCUCAAAUUUGGCGCGAGGAGUCUGGCCAUCAUACCCUUCAAGCAAGCUGAUGGGGACAUUGGCAUGGACGACUGGGACGAAGAGCUGGACGGUCCCCGCCCGGCGCAGGAAAAGCCGGCAACGGCUGCUACAAAUGGAACUACUGACAACGUAGUAGAAGAUACACCAUAUACACCAUCAUUUGUGCUUCGCCUGCCAAAUCUUGAUCCUGCUCUCCUCCACCCCGUGCACCUCGCCUUCUUGUACGAAUAUCGCGAGCCUACCUUUGGCAUCCUGUCUUCCAACGUCACGCCUUCGAAUUAUCUGGCCCGGAAAGACCACCUAACCUACACCGUUUUCACCCUCGAUCUCCAACAAAAGGCCUCUACCACCAUUCUCUCAGUUGGUGGACUUCCCAAAGAUCUGACCCGUGUCAUUGCCCUCCCAGCUCCUGUUGGGGGUGCCCUUCUUGUGGGCUCCAACGAGCUGAUACAUAUCGACCAGUCAGGCAAAGCCAAUGGCGUAGCUGUCAACCCAAUGACGAAGGUGUGCACAUCCUUUAGUCUGGCUGAUCAAUCAGACCUCGCCCUGCGACUUGAGGGUUGCAUAAUCAACGUUCUCUCUGCCGAGGAUGGUCAAUUUAUAAUUGUUCUGAACGAUGGAAGGCUGGCGACUUUAGUGUUUCACAUCGACGGAAGGACCGUCUCCGGCUUAAAAGUCAAGCUGGUUGCCCCCGAAGCCGGUGGCCACCUGCUGCAGACCUCGGUGACGUGCCUCACUAGGCUGGGUAGGAAUGCUAUGUUUGCCGGAAGCGAUCGAGGCGACUCGGUUGUAUUUGGCUGGAGCAGGAAACACAGCCAAGUGUCUAAACGGAAACCGAAAAUACAGGACCCUGACCUCGACCUGGACAUUGACUAUGACGACCUUGAGGAUGAGGAAGACGAUGACGACGAUGAUUUAUAUGCCGACACAGAAAAGACAAAGGCCACCGCCAGCGCCUCCACGGGCCAAACCAAGCCGGAUGAUCUCAUCUUCAGGCUCCAUGACCGGAUGGUGAGCAUUGCCCCUAUCCGAGAUAUGACAUUCGGCAAACACCCGCCACCCACCGACGCCGAGCGCAACACGAAAGACCCGACAGCUGUGCAGAGCGAGCUGCAGCUGGUCGCCGUAGUUGGCAGGGAUAAGGCAUCUUCUCUUGCCAUCAUAAACAGAGAGAUAACCCCGGUUAGUAUCGGGCGGUUCGAGUUUCCAGAGGCAAGAGGUCUAUGGACUCUGUCUACACAAAAGCCCCUCCCGAAGCCACUACAAGCAAGCAACAAGAACCCAAAGACCGCUGCCGCUACUGAGUCCAUCCUCUCCGAGCAGUAUGACCAGUACAUGAUAGUGGCCAAGGAGGACGAUGAUGGUUUCGAAACCUCGGAUGUCUACGCUCUCACAGCAGCAGGUUUUGAGACGCUCAGCGGUACUGAAUUUGAACCUGCAGCCGGUUUCACCAUUGAGGCUGGAACCAUGGGAGACCACACCAAGAUUAUCCAAGUCCUCAAGUCUGAGGUCAGAUGUUAUGAUGGGGACUUGGGGCUUACCCAGAUCAUUCCUAUGCUGGAUGAAGAAACCGGCCAUGAGCCUCGCGCAACGAGUGCCAGCAUAGCGGACCCGUAUCUACUCAUUAUUCGGGAUGACUCGAGUGCCUUUAUAGCUCACGUCAACGAGGAUAGCGAGAUUGAGGAGAUUGAGAAAGAAGACAAGAUCAUAUCAUCAACCAAGUGGUCGGCGGGUUGCCUCUACGCCGACGCCAGGGGUGCUUUUGCGGCUACACAGCAGAGUACCAAGGGUCCGAAAGCGACUCCGACUAUCAUGAUGUUUCUUCUGAGCGCUGCUGGUGCUCUUUAUAUCUACGCACUCCCGGACAUCUCGAAGCCGGUGUAUGUUGCCGAGGGCCUUUGCUACGUCCCUCCCUAUCUUUCUGCGGACUACACUGCGAGGAAAGGAAUGGCUAGGGAAACCAUCAGCGAAAUCCUUGUGACGGACCUGGGCGAUACUGUUUUCAAGUCCCCACAUGUUAUUCUUCGCCAUUCCAACCAUGACUUGACAAUCUACGAACCGUAUAGGAUCGCAGAGAACUCCCAAAGUCUGGCCAAGACCCUCCGGCUCCGGAAGCUACCCAAUCCAGCGGUAGCCAAGGCACCGGAGGCGACAAACUCUGAAGACCCACCACUCAUGUCGCGCAACAUGCCUCUCAGGGCCUGUGCCAACAUUGCCGGCUACAGCGCUGUUUUCAUGCCUGGCCAUUCUCCUAGCUUCAUUAUCAAGUCUUCCAAAUCCACGCCAAAGGUCAUCGGCCUACGAGGCUCCGGUGUCCGGGCUAUGAGCUCAUUCCAUACGGAAGGGUGCGAACGCGGCUUCAUCUACGCCGACUCUGCAGGUGUUGCACGCGUUGCUCAGAUUCCGAAAGACACCAGCUUCUCAGAGCUUGGGCUCUCAGUCAAGAAGGUCCCACUUGGCAUUGAUGCCGAUGGGAUCGCAUACCACUCGCCUUCUGGUGUAUAUGUCUUGACGUGCAGCUACUGGGAGCCUUUUGAGCUCCCAAAGGACGACGACUAUCAUCGCGAGUGGGCAAAGGAGAAUAUCAGUUUCAAGCCCAUGGUUGAGCGGAGUGUGCUCAAGGUUAUCAACCCUGUCAAUUGGAGCGAUAUCUGGACCGAGGAAUUUGAACAACACGAAGUCGCCAUGUGUAUCCGCUCGCUGAACCUCGAGGUCAGCCAGUCGACCAACGAACGGAGGCAACUCAUCACGGUCGGCACGGCGAUGUGCAAAGGCGAGGAUCUACCAGUCCGCGGCGGAAUAUAUGUCUUUGACCUGGCCAGCGUUGUUCCGCAGAAAGGACGGCCCGAAACGGACAAGAAAUUAAAACAGGUCGCAAAAGAGGAGAUCCCGCGUGGCGCAGUCACGUCCCUCUCGGAGAUCGGCACUCAGGGCUUGAUGAUGGUCGCGCAAGGCCAGAAGACGCUCGUGAGGGGUCUGCAAGAGGACGGGAAACUGCCGCCGGUUGCUUUCAUGGACAUGAACUGCUACGUCACGUGCGUCAAGGAGUUGGCUGGGACGGGUCUCUGCGUGAUGGCAGAUGCUUUCAAGGGAGUCUGGUUCUGUGGGUACACUGAGGGGCCGUACAAGAUGAUGCUCUUUGGCAAGAGCAGCACCAAUCUCGAAUGCAUGAACGUGGAUUUGCUUCCUGAUGGCAAGGACUUGUUGAUCGUGGCAGCUGAUUCUGAUGGGAACCUGCAUGUGCUGCAAUUCGAUCCCGAACAUCCGAAAUCACUUCAAGGCCACCUGCUACUCAACCGCACGACCUUUAGCACCGGCGCUCACCACCCCCAGAAGUCGCUGCUAUUGCCUACCACGGACCCCCGCCCGUCAACGAAUCAGCCUUCUUCGGAUGCGGAGCGGCAACACAUCUUGAUGGCAUCGCCAACGGGCGUCCUGGCCGCAGUGCAGCCCCUCUCGCAGAGCACAUACACGCGCCUGUCGGCACUCGCGUCGAAUCUGAUGGCUUCAGUACCGCACCACGCUGCUCUGAACCCCAAGGCGUACCGGCUGCCUCCAACCUCGACGCGGAAUCAGGUUGCGGCGGUGGACAUCUCGGUGGGUAGGGCUGUGGUCGACGGGAGCCUGCUUGCGCGCUGGGCCGAGCUGGCUUCGGGGAGGAGAGCUGAGGUGGCUGGCCGUGCUGGGUUCUCGGGCGCUGCCGAGGUUAGGUCUGAAUUGGAGGCUGUUCUGGGGUGGUCUAUAAUGUCGUACUUUUGA